AAAAAUUAAUUCCAUAACCAACCACUCUCUCUCACUGUCUCCCUCUCUUUCUAUCUAUAUCUAACAAAACGCCAACUCCAUAACCAAAACGACACUCUCUCUCUCAUAUAUACUUCAAACUUCAUACACAUAGAAAACUCCUUCUCCUUCUUCCGUGAACCUGUAACUGUUUUCCGCACUCUCAGAUCUUCGCGCCGAACCUUUUCCAGUUCGAUUCGCGUUCUUCGGAUUUUCGCCAGAAUGAGAGAUUCAAGGUUAUAGAUUAAGAUGCUACAGUAUCAGUAACGGUAGCUUUUCGGAAAAGAAGAACACAACAAUGGAGGAUAGAGGAAGCUCAUUCGUUGCUGUGAGGAGAAUUCCUCAAGGAGAAACCUGCCAUUCAAAUUCUGCUGAGGUUGUGGCAGGAUCAGCAGCAUGGCUUGGUCGAGGUCUGUCUUGUGUCUGUGUACAAAGAAGAGAUAGUGAUGCUUCUAACUCUUUCGAUUUAACCCUCGCCCAGGAGGAAUGCUUACAGAGGCUACAGAGACGUAUAGAUGUUCCCUAUGAUAGUUCUAUUAUUGAGCACCAGGAUGCCCUCAGGGCUUUGUGGAAUGCUGCAUUUCCUGAAGAAGAGCUUCAUGGCUUGAUAUCUGAGCAGUGGAAGGAAAUGGGCUGGCAAGGGAAAGAUCCAUCAACAGAUUUUAGGGGUGGUGGUUUUAUAUCGUUGGAAAAUUUUCUUUACUUUGCUAGGAAUUUCCCGAAAUCCUUCCAGGAUCUUUUACGAAAGCAGGAAGGAGAUCGAUCAGUGUGGGAAUAUCCAUUUGCAGUUGCUGGUGUUAAUAUCACUUACAUGCUGAUACAAAUGCUGGAUCUUGAAGCGGUCAAGCCACGCAACCUGGUUGGAGCAACUUUUUUAAAAUUCCUUGCAGAAAAUGAGUCAGCUUUUGAUCUUCUCUACUGCAUAACUUUCAAGCUAAUGGAUCAUCAAUGGCUUUCUAUGCGGGCCUCAUACAUGGAUUUUAAUGUAGUGAUGAAAGCAACACGACGUCAACUAGAGAAAGAGAUUCUGGUUGAAGACAUAACGCGGCUUGAAGAUUUACCCUCUUACAAAUUACUCUCCCGAUAGUAUCAGUCUCCUAUUUUUGGCCAUGAGGCUUUUGUAUAUCAUUCCAUGCUCCUAUCUUAAUUUCCACUCCUCUUCUUAAUUCAGCAAUUUUAAGGACAUUUCAGCGAGAAUGAGCUAUAUAACAUGUAAAACUGAUGUCAUGAGCUUAAUUCCUUAUACGUGAUCUCAACAAGGUUUGAGAUUCAGCAGUUAAGUUGAAAGAUGAUAUUUGUUGCCUGAAAUGUAGGUUUGCUUGCUAUAUUGGACA